AUCUAACGGGUAAUGGUGCGGAGUGCGGACACUGCGGAAGUGCGGACGUUGCGGUACCAGUAUUGGAGUAUUUGGAGUGCCACCCUGCCACCCUGCCACCGCACCGAGCCACGUAUAUACGGCCGCCCACUGCCCAGUGCUAAAGCCGCACCGUGCCAUGUGGGUUCGAUUGCGCGCGAUAUAAAGCCGGGAAUUCGCGAUUCCAUAUAAUUCCAUGCGAGUCCACGCGAUCCCGGACACGAAGCGUGCCGGACAACAACAACGGCAGCGUCAAAGGCAAUUAGAAGCGGUGGGACGAGUUAUGAGCGCGCCGUGCCGGGGAACGGCGGCUGGAAUCUUAUCUUAGGGUCUCGAAUGACACGACUGCUCUGAGAAUGCGGUCGCCAACGGGGAACGAUGGCCUCCUCCCGAUUCCCCUGUUGCUUCUGCUCGGUGCGCUCGUCCCCGGCUCGUACUGCCUCGAGGUGAUAUACGCGAUCAACGCCGGCGGCGAGGCGCACACGGACAGCUAUGGGAUACACUACGUCAGGGAUCCUCUCCUGGGUAAGGUCGGCACGGCCUCCGAUUACGGCAAGCAGCUGAUCAUAGGGCGCAUCAGCAACGUGGACCAGAUAUUGUACCAGACCGAGCGCUAUCACCACAACACCUUCGGCUACGACAUCCCGAUCAGCCAGGAUGGGAAUUACGUUAUGAUACUCAAGUUCUGCGAGGUGUACUUCAACUCGCCGAACAUGAAGGUCUUCGACGUUGUGCUGAAUGGCGAUCAUACCGUGGUCACCGAUUUGGACAUCUUUGAGAGAGUCGGGCGAGGUGUUGCGCACGACGAAUAUGUUCCCUUCAGGGUACAGGGCGGAAAGUUGAUAUACAAUGAUGAAGAAUCAGACAUUCUUGCAGGAAAGAUAAGAGUAGAGUUUAUAAAGGGCUAUAGGGACAAUCCAAAAAUAAAUGCAAUAGCUGUUGUGAAAGGCGUUUUAGAUGAUGUACCGCAAUUAGGACCGAUACCGCCCGAUCCGGAGGACUAUCACGGUAUGCAAGAGGAGGAGGAGGAGACUACCUUGCGUAGCAGACACACGAGUGGGCCUAGGACACCUGACCCGUACUCGAUAGACGACUCAUCUAUAAUGUUACCUGUUUUCGUAGCCAUUGGCGCUUUUAUCCCAUUAUUGUUCUGCCUAUGUAAAUUAUAAGCGAACACACGCACACGUGCAUAGAAAUGCCUUGUACUUAACGGUAACAGUGUUCCCGAAUUUAUUUAGGCUCGCUCAGUCUACAAGAGGACGUCUAAAUAAUGUAAAUAAAUAAUCAUUUAUCUAAGCUCCUUUGCGUUGCCAGAUUUAGUGUGUGAGAAUAUUUAUUAUUAAUUUAUAAAUAUAGAUGUUACGUGGGAUAUAACCCAGCUUUUUGCACGUAAGCAGAUUUUUUUGAUAUAUUUUAGGAGCGUUGUUUGUUUUCUCGGUGAAAAUAAUAUAAUUUUUUUUCACAACUUGAUAUCUAAAAAAAUUCAAAUUAAUUCAGGCAAUAACUGAUAUCUAAAAUUAUUCACCAGGCACUUUUUCAUAAUUAGGUCUAAAUCAUAACUUGAGAUUACUAAUUCUCAAGCUAAUUCUUAAAGUUAAAAAAUAAAUUUAAAAAAUUUACGUAGAAUUAACUUGUUUUAUUUAUAGUAUUAAAAUAUUUGUAAAAAUCUGACUUUUCGAUCGCGUAAAUUAAAAAGAAUUAUUGUUAAACCUGGAAUAUAUUAUAAUUGCUCCAAGAAUAAAUGGGAAAUAUGUGAGAAUGUGAGGUGUCUGAUACAAAAUAUUCUUAAAAAAUCUCCGACCUUACUUUUAAUGCUAAAUUUCUGACAAAUUGAUCCUGAGAACAUUUCAACAAGUUUGGAGAGAGAUUACUAUUUAUUACAACUUUUCAAUAUGUACCCUUAAAUUUCUUUCUAAUCAAACUUCUUAGUAAUAAAACGUCACUGUUAAAUUCCAAAAAAAAUUAAAUGCGUGAAGUGUUAUCAUUUAAUUGCGGCAUAAUGUUUACAAGUUUUUUUUCAAUUUCGUCGAUUUUUUAACCUGAAAAUGCUAAUUUGAUUUACGUUCUAAUUAAAUUCAAUUGUAAGUCUAUCAAACAAUUUCUUACUAAAAUUAAUGUUGGAGAUUCUGGGACAACCUGUACGUACACUUGUAUUCUGCAUAUUAAAUGUGUAUCUGAAACAUAUAAAAGUUUAAUAGAUCAAGAGACAGUAGUGUCCGCGCAGCGAGUCAUAGACGCGUGUAUUUAUACGUGAGCCGACGAGUUGAGAAACCCAAUUAGAUUAUCGAAUUUCGAUAAUGGCUGAACCGAUCAAAUACUGAGUAAGUAUACACAUACAGAUUGUCCCAGGAGUCAACAUGUAAAACUUUCAGGAAGGUGAUGAUUUGUGCGGCGAUUUUCUCGUCAUUGCUUUCCAUAUUUAUUCAGAACUUGAAUGUCGCGUCUUAUAGAUUGUGAUAUAUCACGAAAGAUAUUUACUUCCAGCUAUUGCCAGUUGGCAAAAGAUGGAGAGAGAGCCGAAGUCGCGAAAUCGAUCAUUACCUUAGUUCUUAUAGUAAUUACAACAUAAUUUGAUCAACUUUUGCUCGUAAUUUUUUGUAUCAACCAAACCUGUGUACAUGCUACGUUCCCACUUUUCGCUACACAAACUCUGAUCUCGAAAGAUUUGGACGCCGAAGUGUGGCAUGGAUUGUGUAAUUUUAAAAUAGACUUCUCGUUUAGUACUGUUAUUGAAAUGGAUAUUCUGCAAGGCAGACAAAGAAUCUUAUAGUCCAUUAAAUAACAAAGUAUAUCGAUUCGUAAUAUAAUCAAUCUUUUGCACACACGCAUUGGAAUAAAUAAAACUGUUAUUAUGUCAGACAAUCCUUCACGUUAUGUCUUCCUCUAUUUUUUUCGUACCGAAACAAGAACGAAGUUUCGAGUUGCAUUUAUCGAACUGUUAUUCUGUAUCGCAUACAUUAUGUAAUACGAAUGGACUUUAACGACACCGUUUAUCUGUAUUGCCAAAUAGAUAAUUCGACCGAGCACGAAUCUUAUCUCGUCAUCGAUUCGCACAUUUCCUUGUAAAAAAAAAAUAAAUGAUUACACAUUGUUA